CCUCCCUUGAUGCUGCCUGUGCUGUGAAGACAUUCCCUUUCCUGCUAGCAGACGGACAUGCUGAACUUCUGUGCCUCCUCAAAGACUCUCGGCUGAUCCACAGUCUAUCGGGCGAGGGAUAUUUUCUUUUCUUUUCUUUUCCUCCGCUAUGAGGAGAUCAUCGUGUGUGAGAACGUCGGACGAGCACAGGAGCGCCGGUUUCCUGCAGCGCGUCUCUCCCGCUGCGCCGCUCCGCUUCUGCUUUUAGCUCUCGCGCUUUGAGCUCGCGCGCGCAGGAGCACCGCACCGCAAUGAUUAGCAAAGUGAAGAAUGCCAUGUCCUCGCUGGUGGGCGGCAUCGUUCCGCACGGCCACCACCACCACCACCAUCAUGCUCAGCAGCAGCAGCAACAGCAGAGCGGCGCGGACUCUUUGCCGCCGCGAUUCCCGUACGCGCGGCCCGAGUUUCUGGAUCUGAGCGCUGAGUUGGUUCACUACGCGGCCGAGCACGCAUCCCGGCCCGUCAUAACACUCCGGAGAGACGCGAAGAUGCCCUGGCGCACAGGAUAUGCAGAGGUGAUAAAUGCAGGAAAGAGUAUGCUGAAUGAGGAUCAGGCUUCGUGUGACAUCCUAUACGUGAAGAAGCUCACUAGCAAACAGCAGCGGGCCUCCGUGAUGCUAGAGGACAGUGGGGACACCACAGGUAUCCCUAUGCACUUUUGGGGAGUAUUUGAUGGUCAUGCUGGCUCUGGAGCCGCCCUGAUGGCCUCCAAAGUUCUCCAUCGUCUUAUCCGAGAUGGUUUGUGUGAAGUAGCCCAUCUUUUGGAGAAUCAGAGCAGCCCACCCCCCAUCUGCCUAGCUAAGAAUGGGAGUCCCUAUCAGGCUGAGCAAAAGAAGGGAUCUUGCAUGGAUGCAGAAGAUCAAGAUGGGCCUGUAGAUCCCAUUGCUCGCUUCCACAUGGAGAAGGUUGUCAGUCUGGAAAGCCUCGUGAUGGGAAUCAUAGAGAAUGCCUUCAAACAGAUGGAUGACCUUAUUGAAAAGGAGAAGGCGUCAUACAGCAUUUCUGGAGGAUGUUGUGCCUUGACUGCUUUGCAUUUGUUAGGAAAACUCUACGUAGCAAAUGCGGGUGACAGCAGAGCCAUAAUUGUUCGCAAUGAUGAGAUUAUUCCCAUGUCUUAUGAGUUCACACCAGAAAGUGAGAGACAGCGGCUGCAGUAUCUGGGAUUCCUUAAACCGGAACUGCUUGGGAACGAGUUCACACACAUCGAGUUUCCCCGGCGCAUUCAGCACAAUGAGCUAGGGAAGAAGAUGUUAUUUAGAGACCACACCAUGACUGGGUGGUCAUAUAAGACAAUUGUUGAAGAUGAUCUCAAGUUCCCUCUUAUUUAUGGAGAAGGGAAAAAGGCCCGUGUCAUGGCCACGAUUGGUGUAACACGUGGUUUAGGAGAUCAUGAUCUGAAAGUGUACAAUUCAAACAUUCAUAUAAAACCCUUCCUAUCCUGUUGUCCAGAGGUGAGGGUCUACAAUAUUUCAGAGCACAAACAUGGACCUGAUGAUGUCCUCAUUAUGGGCACUGAUGGAUUGUGGGAUGUGACUUCUGACAGAGAAGUAGCAGAUGCUGUGACGAAAUAUCUGUCCUGCUGUGAGCCUAAUGACCCAAUGAGGUAUACAUUGGCUGCUCAGGAUCUCCUAAUGAGGUCACGUGGUGUUCUGAAAGAACGAGGUUGGAGACUGCCCAAUGACAGACUGGGAUCAGGAGAUGACAUAACAGUGUUUAUCAUCCCACUGGCCGGGGCAGAGUCAGAGACAUGACAAGGCACAUCAGUUCUUCUAUGGCGAGCAAAUCAGGACACGACGUUAAUUCGUGCUGGGUGAGGAAGAGGUGCAAUACCAAAAAAAAAAAAUAAAAUUCAUUCUCCACUGAAGGGAAAGACAUGGGCAUUGCUCCUCUUCCUCCGACUUUUAAGAAGAAUCAUCUCGACUCUUACCUCUUCUUAUCAAGCCUGGGAUGACAUCAUCAUUAAGUGCCACUCCUUUCAUGCAACAUUUCUCACAGUACUGUGAAAGACUAUUUAAAAAAAACACUCUGUCCUAUAUAUAUAUAUAUAUAUAUAUAUAUAUAUAUAUAUAUGUACUCUUGAGGUCUGCUUUACAGCAAGCAGUGAUAAGAAAAGAGAAUAGUGUUUGGAGAAUAAAUGGUCUUUUAAACAUGACCUGAAAUUGAAAUGAGAGUAAUGGGGCACAGUAAAUGGAUGACAGAUCAAAUCUUGAUGAAUAAGGGUGUAUAGAUGUACGCACUUUAUCUUUAGGCAUAAACUCAUCAACCUGUAAUUAAAUCUUAGCAAAUUAAUAUAUCCCCCUCAACUCCCAUAAAUGUCUCCAAAAAAUGUGUCUGUUAAAUACAUGCAUUUCAGUGACUUUGCAGCAGCUUUAUUCAGAAUCUACUAAGAAUCUACAUCACAAGAAGGAAAGCACAACUUUCUCAUUAAUCCUGGGGCAAUUGUGUAGGAUUAUAUUGUGGCACAUGUGGGUAGUGGUAGCUCAGUGGUUAAGAUGCUGGGCUGCUGUUUUAAAGAACAUUGAUUUAAAUCCCAUCACAGCAAAGCUGCCACUGCUGUGCCCAUGAGCAAAGCCCUUAACUGCUUGCAGUUGUAUAGGUUGGAUAGAAUGUAGGUCUCUCUGGUGUCUACCAAACGCCAUAAAUGUAAAUGAAAAAAAAACAAUCUUGACAAAGCUUCAGGAAAAUAGAGGCCAUUGUUUCAACUCCUGGGUUUCUUACCUCUCCACAAAGCCAUGUUCACAAUGAACCUAAAAACUUGCAAGGAGGUGGAUUUUUAAAUAUAUUCAAACCCAGAUGUAUUAUUUGCACACACUACUUUCCACUUAAACGGUAGCAUAUGAGCUAGCUUUUUUCUCUGCCAAGUUUAGAAGCUUAUUGUAUAUUGAGAAUCCCAAUUAAAAGAGCUUUUAGUCCAAGAUCAGCACUUAUAUGGAACCUAAAAAUUUACCAUUCGUGAUGAAUUUAUUAUUAUAAUGUAUUAUUGCUAUGACUUUCACAUGAGGUACCAUAUUUGUAAAAAUGAGUCGACAGGAAGUUUUAGGUGGCAGAUUACCACCAAUGAUGUUUUAAUGCGAUCACAUUUCAACAUUAGAACCAAGUUCCUGAACAUCAACACCUGAACUUUAAUUUAAUACACCUUGUUUAAAUGAUCUUGAGGUGAACAACCGAAUGUGGAUAGAAAUCUGAUCAUUUGAAUCGGCGGCUAGAACUUUGUUGUUUUUUUGUUUGUUCGUUUUGCUAAUAUCUUUAAUUGUAUUAUCAUUCCUGCUGACUGUUUUAUCAUUUGUUAAGCUAAAACACCUAAGCAACUGUGACUCCUUCACAAUAAAAUAUCCCAUCUUUGAAUAAAUUA